AUGCUACCCGUGCUUCUCCUUCUCUGCGUGAUGGAUAGAGUCGGGGCAUCUACUCCUAGAGUCUGGGCCCAUGACCGGAGGCAGGAAAGACAAGGAGCAGCAACCAUGCUGUGCCCAUCACCAUGCCAGUGUGAACAAGAUGCUAUCUUCGUCAUGGUGGACUGCUCGGAGCUAGGACUAUCGUCCGUGCCAAGCAACAUCAGCCCACUCACCACUUACCUGGACCUGAGCAUGAAUAACAUCAGCGAUAUCCAGCCAAGAGCUUUUAACCGACUACACCUGUUAACAGAACUGCGAAUCUCUGGAAAUCAGCUGAAAUAUAUCUCAGCCCACGCACUCCAGGGUCUCCACAACCUUAAAGUUUUAAUGCUACAAAACAACCACCUGGAAAGACUUCCUGAUGAUGCUCCGUGGGACCUACCUAACCUGCUUUCAUUGCGUCUGGAUGCUAACCUCCUGUCUGAAGUACCUGCUAGCGCCUUUAGAGGGGUUCGCUCUCUAAGACACUUGUGGCUGGAUGACAAUUCCCUGACUGAGAUCCCAGUAACGGCCCUGGAUGCUCUACCCUCCCUUCAGGCUAUGACCCUGGCUCUCAAUAAGAUCACUUAUAUCCCAGACUAUGCAUUCGCCAACCUCUCUGCACUUGUUGUACUACAUCUCCAUAACAAUAGGAUCCAGAUCAUGGGCAUGAGAUGUUUUGAAGGUUUACACAGUCUGGAAACUCUGGAUUUAAAUUACAAUGAUCUCCAGGAGUUCCCUGUGGCCAUCAGGACACUGAGUAAGCUUCAGGAACUAGGCUUCCAUAACAACAAUAUCAAAGUCAUCCCCGAAAGGGCCUUUGUGGGAAACCCUCAGCUUCAAACCAUCCAUUUUUAUGAGAACCCCAUCCAGUUUGUGGGAAAAUCUGCUUUCCAGUUCUUACCAAAGUUACACACACUUUCCCUGAACGGAGCGAACUUAAUUCAAAACUUUCCUGACCUGAAAGGAACAACCAGUCUGGAGAUUUUGACUCUGACUAAGGCGGGUCUCUCAACUCUCCCUCUAGAUCUAUGUGAACAGCUGCCUCACCUCAGAGUGUUGGAGCUGUCACACAACCAGAUACGUCAUCUGCCAAGCCUUUGCAAAUGUUCUUCACUCCAAGAAAUAGGGCUUCAGCAUAACCAACUCACCCGGAUAGAGUCCAGCACCUUCCAACAGCUCAUCUCUUUAAAAAUGCUCGAUUUGAGCUGGAACAAGAUAGAGUGGAUCCAUACAGAUGCCUUUGCCCCUUUGCAUUCCUUGGUCAAAUUGGAUCUGACUGAAAACAGGCUGAGCUCAUUGCCAUCUGCAGGCCUAGAGGGUCUUACUCAUCUCAAGCUUAGAGGAAACAUUGAAUUGUAUGAUGCCUUCAGCAUCGAUCAGUUCCCUCAUAUCAGGGUGAUUGAGAUGCCAUAUGCCUACCAGUGCUGUGUUUAUGGUUCAUGUGAUAGCUACAAGACUGUCAGCCAGUGGGAGACUGAACAAAGCAAAACAGAUGAUGGCAUUCACAAGAGAACUGUUGCCAUUUACCCUCACCACACUGACACACAAUGUAAGAAAGACCUAGAGGAAUUCCAGCUGGAAAUAGAGGAGUCGAAACUUCCAGCCAGUGUCCAGUGUACUCCCUCACCAGGUCCUUUCCGUCCCUGUGACUCUCUGAUGGGAAGCUGGUUGGUUCGUGUCGGACUAUGGACCAUUUCCUUGGUGUCUCUGCUUGGAAACUCUUUGCUUCUUCUUUCUUUAUUCAACUCUAACUGCUCUCUGUCACCACUACGAUUCACAGUGGCAUGCAUGGGUGCCUCUAAUUUGCUAACAGGUGUUUGUACAAGCACCCUGGCCCUUGUAGAUGCAUUAACAAUGGGAGACUUUAGCCACCACGGUGGCCCUUGGCAAGGAGGCCUUGGAUGUCAGGUGACAGGAUGGGUGUGGGUGCUUGCCUCUGAAGCAAGUGUUUUACUUCUGAUGUUGGCAGCUGUACAAUGUGGAGUAAGUGUGACAUGCGCUCGUAGCUAUGGGAAAUCACCGUCAUUGAGAAGUGUACGUAUAUUCGCACUGUUAUGUUUGUUUCUCUCAUUCAUCCUAGCCUGUUUUCCUCUAAUUGGAAUUGGGGAAUAUGGAUCCUCGCCAUUCUGCCUACCGACACCUCUGCCACCUUCAGUCUCUCAGUUACAAUCUGCCUUAAUUUUUCCCUUAGUGCUUAUAAUGAUGAACACCCUGUGCCUACUCAUUGUAACAUUUUCAUACAUCCGACUAUACUGGGAAUUACUUAGAGGAGAAUGUGAGGGCUUGUGGGACUGUGCUAUGAUCAAACAUGUCGCCUGGCUGAUAUUCACAAAUGGACUCUUGUAUGUGCCGGUAGCUUUCCUCUCCAUCUGCUCACUGCUGGGUUUCAUAUCUCUCGAAGAGGAGGUGCUGAAAUCAAUUAUUUUGCUUCUACAGCCUCUACCUGCCUGCCUAAAUCCCCUACUCUUCCUUCUUUUCACACGACACCACUCCAAGUAUUUUUUCUGGUAUCGCUCAAAAGCACCUCUUCAGCUUCGCCGCGACCCCACCAUAGACUCAUUGGUUUCUGUGGAGACUGAGAAGAGCUCCUGCUCUGAAACAUCAACACAACUUUCUCUAAAUGAUGGUGAAACCCUGUGCACUAUGGGCUCUGCUGUCCAUUCUCGAAUGGAUCCAAUUCGAUUUUCUCAGUGCUCUUCCACUUCCUCAGUUCCCCUCAUCUCUAGCCAGACACCCAUUGUCAAAGCCAAAGGUAAAGAGAGAGUGAGAGAGCAAGGGAGCCAUGACAACAAAGGAUGUCUGAAGACUUUGACUCAAGAUACUUGCGAAAAUUGCCCGAUGCAUCACUCAACCACGACCAACUCUGUUGUUCAAAAUCCGUAA